UCAAAAUGGAGAGUAGUUUAAAAGUGAAACCCUAUCCAGUGGAUCUACCUGUGCGGCAUUAUGGCGAGUUGAGCUCAGGAUAUGACGAAUACCUGUCCCGUGUCAAGUCAGAUGGUGCUGUCCCUAUCACCCUUCCACAUGGAGAGAAAGUGGAAGUAACUUGUGAGAACAUUGGUCGACUUGCGUUUCUGAGAGAUGGUGAUUUAUCACAUUACAUUCUUGCUCUCCACACACCUGAGGAUGAAACCAAAGUGGUUGCACUGUACUUGCUAGGCAAAUGGUGGCCCGUUGGUGAUGUUUUGAAGACAUCAAACAAAUCAAGACGUGGACUUUUGUUAGUGGAAUCAGUGAUGGAGAGAGUUGUGCUCUUUCUGCUCAGUCAAGUUAUAUUUGGAAUUCUGGAAAGGUCUCUUGAAGAAGACCUAUAUUUUUCGGCCUAUUCCUUGCGGGAACAUGGCAAAAUUCUCUGGCAAAAUGGAGAAGCAGUAGGGUUUUACACCAUCAAAAAAAAGGGCAGCCUGUGUGACAGCUGCACUGGCCAGAGUUAUCAGCUCCCUGUGCUGGACACAGUGUUUGUUCGCUCUCACUGGAGAAGGACUGGGCUCGCUUUACAGAUGUUGGAGGAUUUCUGCUCCUCUCAACCCUCUGAGGCGAUUCUGGGAAUUAGCUUUCCUAUGUCACCUGGCAUGUAUGGAGUUUGUAAAAAGUAUCUUGAGAUCCACGAAGACGAAAGAGAGCGUCUCUAUGAAGUGGAAGCUCCGGGUGGAUGGGCUCAGAGACGCAAUGCGUGGUUAAAUAUCCAGCUGCGGGACUUUCCAAAACACUGUGGAAACUCAGAGCAGAGUCCACAAUGCUCAUAUAGUCACGAAAGAUGUGAAGUUGAUUUGGAGGAAGAGGGGAUCCUGUGACAAUGUGAAUCAUCAGUCAGUCUCAAAGACACAUCAAGCUCGGGAAGGGACCAGCGAAUCAGACUGACACAAGGGACUAACUUUAAAAAAGCCAGGACUAAUCAUUAAGUUAUUUAAUGGUCAAGAAAUAACUCAGACAGACAUUGUACUUUCAAACCAUAACAGAGAGCCUAAAUAUUCAAGAUGGAAUUCUUUAUAGUCAUGUGUUAAAGUAUGUAGAUGUUGGUAAUCUGAGAUUUGCCUUCUGGGAAACAGUCUCAGGUAUUGUUAUCCUAUA